AAUCAUAAACAACUUAACCUAAAAAAUUGAAUUUUUAUUUUCAAAUCCUUUUUAAAUCUGAUUAGGAUUUUGUAUUAAAUUUAUUUUUACACCACUGGUUUCACUGUGUUGCUGAUUGACAUAGGAAAUAGGAACAGAUAAGAACAUAGAAACUUUUUAUUUUAAUAAUUAAAUCAGCUUGACUGUCCAAGUCAUCGUGGCGAUCGUCUCGUCGUGGGGUUCCCAGAAGUUCACAGUCUUUGUAUUAAUUCAUAAGCUUCAUAAUCUAGUUUAAAAUGGGGAGAAAGAAUAAAUCAAAGAGAAAUGCUGAAAAAGCUCUAAAAGCUAAGUCUGAAGAAAGCCAAGCCCAAGCUUUGGAAAAGGUUGCAGAUAUCGCAAUAAAAGAGCCAGAUACUAAAGAAGAAGUUCAGGAUACUGAUGGAUCAUCGUUAAAUAUAUCUAGCAGCAAUCCUGAUGAAAGUACUGAAAGUUUAGUAACCGUCGAUCCUACUGAUUCCGUGGCAACAGACGCACAUGAAACACCUCCCAAAUUCAGUUUCAUAGGGGCAUCACCAAAUACAGUACUUGCAAAAUCUCAAUUAAAUCCAUUAGCAAAAUCAUUUACCAUUAUUGGUAAUGCUGGUUGCAGUGAAACCAGUAAUAACAUUUUGCAAUCAGUUCCUGAAGUGACUAAACAUGAAGUAAAUAUUGAAUUAAAGAUUGAUGUAAAGAUUCAAGGUGGCCAUGUUCAAAAUAGUAGUGAAAAUUGCAGUUAUCAGACAGCUGAUUCUGAUAACUCAUUAGUGUCAGGUGAAGAGUCACCAAUAUUAACUAAAAAUUCAACAGUUAAAGGUGUACAAGAUAGGUUUCCUCACAAUAAGAGCCAGGGAAAAUUUAAUCAGACUAGAUCUAAGGAACAAUAUCCAGAAAAUUUUAAUAGGAACCAGAAUACAGUGCCAAGGAAACCGAAUUACUAUGGACCUCCAACCAAAAGCGCACUAAGUACUGAUAAAGGAAAUCUUCAGGAAAAAAAUGUGUUUGAACGAAACAAUCCUAUUUUGUCAAACGAACCUACAAGUAUAACUAGUAAUAAUUUUCAAGAACCAGAGAGCACAUCUAGAAAAAAUGAUUCAACAAAUAGAAAAACAUCAACAUUUGAAAGGAAGGGAUGGCAAACUUCAAAGAAUAGGAAAAAUGAAAAAUCUGGUUCAAAAAAUUGGUCAGGCUCAUCUACAAAAGAGUCGGGAAGCAGAGAUCAAAGUGAUUCUUCUAGGAAUCGAGAUAACUCGAGCAGUAUUAAUUAUACUGCAGAGACAGAUGAUUCUAAAAAUUUUACAGAUUCGUCCGUAAAAGAAUCGUGGGAUCAGGAAAGUGAUCCUUCUCUGGAUAGCUGGAAUAAUAAUAAUAAUACUAGGAAACCAAGUAGGCCAUACAAUGAAAAAAAACUUGGGGAUCCGAGGAUGGAAAGGGAAAAUACACAUAAGAGUUUUCCUGAGUCUUCUGAUAAAAAUGCUAAAGGAAAAAUGACUAGACAUUUUGAUGAAUAUACGAAUUGGAGGGGUCCUGAUCCAUCUUUUAAAGGAAAUGAAGGGAAGAAUACUAGACAUUCAUUUAACCAUAGCUUAGAAUAUGAUAAAGAUAGAGAAUUCGAUAAAGAUUACGAUCAUUGGGAAAAAAAUUGGAAAAAAGUAACUGAAUUUAAAGUUGUUAACGAGAUUGAUGGUGACUUAUUUCAACAGCCUAAAGAUUUUUCGCUGGCUCAUUGUGUUGCUGAAGAUCUUAGAAUGGGCAGUGGUAUUGCAGUUGAAUUUAAGCAACAAUUCAAAAAAGUCGAUGACCUGAUGCAACAGAGGCCUAAACAGGGUGGUCUAGCAGUUCUAGAAGAUUCAAAGAACCAAAGAUUUGUCUAUUAUUUAGUGACAAAAAGGGAGUCAAACCUUAAACCUACCUAUUACACUUUGUGGAAAUCAUUGUGCAAAAUGAGAGAUCACAUAAAGGAACAUGAGGUUAAAAAAUUGGCUAUACCUAGGAUAGGUUGUGGGCUAGACCGUUUAGAAUGGGAUAGGGUUAAAGCAAUGCUGGAAUUAUUGUUUAAAGAUGUGGAAGAAUUUCAAAUCCAAGUGUGUAACUUCCAGCAACUGGAAGACACACCCCCUCCCAAGAAGUACUAUCCAUGCAAACUUGUUCCUUACGCCGAACACAUCUCGAAAAUUGACGAAGGUACUGCCAUAUUUUAUUUCACCACCGAACAAGGCGAUAGGGACGACACCUUGUUGGCAUUGUCAAAAAAAUUUGACACACUGAUGCCUAGUUUUAACGCCAAAAGAGUAAAGAGUGUGGGUGAUUUCAUUUUCUAUGAAGAAAAAGUGAAGAACUAUCUGUUUUGCGGGUGUGUAGUGCGCAAGACUACCAAAGAUUUGUUCGAUUUCAAGGGGUUUUCAAAGUGUCUUUUCGAGUUUUCGAAGAUAAACAGGAAGUAUGGCAACAACGCUUUCUAUUACGUGGCAUUUCAAAAACUGGACUGGGAAGAAUACAGGGAUAAUUUGAUUAAUGAAAAGCUGAUUACGUUGUUUACAAAUAUGUUGCGUGACGUUGAAAUUUAUUAUUGUUCAGGCUUUCUUGAAACUGAGUCUGCUUAGGACUUUAAUUUACUUUUUAUAUAUACUUGUAUUUCAUUUCUAUUUAAUUUUUGGUUUAUUUUUUAUUUUUUUUCCUAUUGACCUUUAGAAAGAUUUAAGAUAUUAUGUAUAUUAAAAUAGUUUUGUUCUUCUUUAUGUAUGUUCUUUAAAUGUACUUUUAUUUUAAUAGCAAAAAAUGUUUUAAAAACAAUAAUUAUUUCGAAUGUAUAGAUACCGAUACAGAAAUGUAUACUUUAUUAUACUGUUUUGUUGAUAAAUAAAUAUUUUAUAAGUA